GAAACAACAGCUAGACUUCUAUUUAUGGCAGUUCGAUGGGUCCGUUGUUUAGCACCAUUCCAAACGCUCAGUAAACACGAUCAGCUAUUGCUACUACAAGAAUCGUGGAAAGAAUUGUUUUUAUUACAUCUGGCCCAAUGGUCUGUCCCGUGGGAUUUAUCCACUGUUUUGGGUUGCUCUCAAGCUAGAGAAAGGCUUCCAAACGACGUUCACACAGCUACAGAGAUUAAAACAAUACAAGAAAUAAUGUGUCGGUUUCGACAGAUAUCACCAGACGGAAGUGAAUGUGGAUGCAUGAAAGCUAUAUUGCUAUUUACUCCAGAAACCGCCGGUUUGUGUGAUGUCCAGCCAGUAGAAAUGCUUCAAGAUCAAGCACAGUGUAUCUUGGGUGACUAUGUCAGAAUGAGAUACCCCAGACAACCUACCAGGUUCGGAAGACUACUACUACUAGUUCCUAGUUUAAGAGCCAUCAGACCCAUAACUGUCGAAUUGCUGUUUUUCAAAGAAACUAUCGGCGAAAUUCCGAUUACUCAGUUGUUAGGUGACAUGUAUAAUAUGGAGAAAUGCGCCACAGGUGGACAAUAA